AUGGAAGAACCCGUCCUCGCUUCGCUCUCCCUCACCCACGUCCAUUAUGAUCCCAAUGACCGCUUCUCGUACCUGUGUGCCUGGCUGGCCCUCGUUCCCCAAGGCCUCUGCGUCGUCUACACCACUCUGAUCUGGUCCAGCCGCGAAGCCGAGGUCGCCCUCAUGUUCGCCGGCCAGCUGGCUUGCGAGGCCGUGAACUGGUGUCUGAAGCGGUUGAUCAAAGAAGAGCGUCCGCGCCAAAUGUACGGCAAAGGCUACGGCAUGCCCUCGUCGCACGCGCAGUUCGUCUCCUUCUUCUCGCUCUACCUCGCCCUCUUCCUGCUCUUCCGCCACCAGCCGCACCCCACCCACACGCACACCCCGACCACCUUCGCCCAGCGCCUCGCCCUCUCCACCCUCGCCCUCGCCUCCGCCGCCGCCGUCGCCUUCUCCCGCAUCUACCUCUCCUACCACACCGACAAGCAAGUCCUGGUGGGCUGCGCUGCUGGCGCCGUGUUCGCCCUCUUGUGGUUCGGUUUCACCAGUUGGCUGAGGCGGAGCGGCUGGUUGGAGUGGGGGCUCGAGCUGGGGCUGGCGAAGGCGCUGCGGUUUAGGGAUCUGGUGGUUGAGGAGGAUCUGGUGGAUGCGGGGUGGGCGCGCUGGGAGGAGCGGAGGAAGUUGAGGAGGGGUGUGGAUGGUGGGAAGAAGGUGCGGUAG